AUGGCAGACGACGAAGCGAGAGUUAAUAUCACAACACUCACCGACGCUGGUCGGGAGAUUACUGCUAUGAAACAAGAUAUUGGGAAUUUUCGUCAAGACACCAGCAGGAAUUUGGCAAAUCUAACAAAUCUUGUGGAUCAAUUGGCGAAUAACGUUCAGCAGCUUACAGUGGCAAUGCGAGCCGAAGGAGUUGCCCGAGGCCAACAUCGUCAGCAAGAACGAAACUACGAUUCUGAGGAAGAAGACGAAAGGGGCCCACCAAACAAUCAACAACAAAACCACCACAAAGAAAAUUAUAGAAUGAAAGCUGACAUAUCUUUCUUCUAUGGAAACUUACAGAUAGAAGAAUUUCUUGAUUGGUUUUCUGAAGUGGAUAGGUUCUUCAGUUUAAUGGAUGUUCCAGAAAACAAGCAAGAGUCACGAAUUCGACAAGGAAAAGAGCUUGUCAGAACAUGGCGGAAGAUGAAAACCCUUCUCAGAGGACGUUUCUUACCUCGAGAUUAUGAGCAGACUUUAUUUGAGAAGUACUACGAUUGCGCUCAGCAAAAUCGAUCUGUAUUUGACUAUAACCAUGAGUUUAUGCGACUUAGCGAGCAUAACAGAUUGGAAGAAAGGGAAACUCAGAAAGUUGCAAGGUAUCUACAUGGUUUGAAGCCGGAAAUCCGAGACAAGAUAGGGUUGCAAGUGAUAUGGACUCUAGCAGAAGCCAUGAACCUAGCAUUAAAAGCGGAAACCUUACUAGCAAAAACUAAAUUCAAUCAACAGACUACCAUGGGCUAUCAUAAAAAUUGGGCUGAGUCAUCUACUUCAAAAGGGUUGCAAAUUAAAGAACCUUCAAAAGAGCAGCACAUUAGAAUAGAAACAAGUGGUGGAGACUGGGGAAAGGCUACUGUUUCGUUUCGAAAACAAGGGCAACCAGGUGGUUUAGGAGAUUAUGCCAAACCAAGGGGUGAAAAGUGUAAUCGAUGCGGUAUUCCUGGUCAUACUUCUGAUAAAUGUACUCAACGAAAAGGAUUGCAUUAUGUGGAGGAAUAUGAAGAUGAUGAAGAGCAGAAUGAAGUUGCAACUACUGAAAUCGAAGACCGAGAUUUUGAUGAUAUCCCACCGUUUCUAGUUUGCCAAUGA